GAAGGCAAAUACCUGCAGGCGGUGAUUCAGUAUGGGAAGAUCGUGUCCUGGCUGGAAAUGGAGUAUGGCUUGUCUGAGAAAGAGUCGAAAGCCUCCGACUCCUUCCUCCUGGCUGCCUUCCUCAACCUGGCCAUGUGCUACCUGAAGCUGCGAGAGUACGCCAAAGCCGUCGAGUGCUGCGAUAAGGCGCUCGGACUGGACCAGGACAACGAGAAGGGUUUGUACCGGAGGGGUGAAGCCAGGUUAUUGAUGAACGAGUUUGAGCUGGCAAAAUGUGACUUUCAAAAAGUGCUGGAAGUGAAUCCCCAGAACAAAGCGGCCAAAUCCCAGAUCUCCGUCUGCCAGAAGAAAACAAAGGAGCACAACGAGCGGGACCGGAGGAUCUACGCCAACAUGUUCACAAAGUUUGCGGAGAGGGAUGCAAAGGAAGCCGCUAGCAAAAUCGGGGUCGAAAAAGCAGCGGAGAAAGCAGCUUGUGAAAAGGGACCGAAAACUCCUGGUGCUGAAGAUGAAGAGGCUGAAGGACACGUAUGAUGGAGGAGGAGGGGAAGGGAGAGCCUCCUGACCUCGGCCCGCGCAGAAAAAGGUCGCUGCCAGACUUUGGGACUCGCCAGUGUUUUCUUGUAAAGCUUGUUACCGUUUGUGUGAUCGUGGAAGCAAAAAGCGCCUCGGAAAGAAAAACAAACCCCGUCC